AUGGCAUCUGGAUCUUCUCAUACCAGGGAUGCAUUCAGAAUUUUUCGAACAUCUGAAGGAAGAUUGCUCAUCGAGAGGCCAUUACGAGUGACAAAGAACCAGGCCGAAGCUACUCAAUUUCUGGUAUUUGAUACGGAUGGGAGUGCAUCUGUUAGAGCACGACGCGAUGUUUAUCCUACAGACACUGGAGCUAUUGCCUCAAUAUCAGAGGCGUUUGGUAUUGUUGGAGUGCUUAAUCUCGCAUUUGCCAGUUACUUGUUGGUCAUCUCUGCCAGAUCUCUAGCUGCUACUUUGCAAUCACACAAAGUGUAUCGUAUCAUAGCUGGUAACAUUCUAGUCAUUGGAAAAGGCCCUAUAAACACCUUAGAUAAAUAUCAACCGCCCCAAUCAGCUCCUGAAGACUUGGCCAAGUUUUUAGCGGAUCAGGAAGUCUUGCAAGAUAUAUCUCAAUUGCUCAACUGUGGUCACUUGUAUUAUUCUAGCUCCUACGACAUUACUCACUCCUUACAACACAAUUAUCUGUCGACGAAUAAGAAGGCAGUCAACACCAUCAUUGACGAUCGGUAUUGGUUUAACAAGCACCUACAAUCUCCAUUAUUGGCAUCGUCAUCGACAUCCGAUUAUAGUCCAUGGGUUUUAAAAGUCAUGUGUGGAUUUGCUGGAACUGUAGACAUCAAAGUCCCAUCAACAGCAACUGCACCUGUAUCAGGCAAACAGAACUCACGACUCUUUCAAUCAUACACUAUAACCCUCUUGUCUCGGCUAAGCACUAGACGUGUCGGCACACGAUAUGUACGACGUGGUCUCGAUUUAGAUGGUAACGCAGCCAACUCGGUCGAAUCAGAACAAAUCACCUUCCCUGCCGACUUUAUCAACGAUAAAAUGAUUGCAUCAUAUGUGCAAACACGUGGCUCCAAACCUGGUUUAUGGUCUCAAGAGUUGGAUUUGAGUUAUCGACCUGAAAUCAGAAUGGUGCAUAUUGAAAAGCCUCCUGCUGCUGAAAGUAUUCAACGUCAUUUCGAGGAUUUGAAGAAACAGUAUGUUGGUGAACAGACUAUUGGUGGUGGUGUUAACUCUGGUAAAGUGCUGAUGCUCAACUUGUUGGAUGAUCGUGGAUUUGAAGCUCGACUUACCAAGGCUUAUGAGGAAGCGGUUGGAAUGUAUGGUGAUGAGAAGAAAUUUGUGUACGAAGGUUUUCCAGUCAAUCGGUACUGUCGUGGUAUGAAUUACAAGAACAUGGACUUGUUGGUGGACCGGGUAAAGUCCGAUGUGGCUGGGAUGGGAGCUUUUGUCGCUGAGGGUGAUGUGCCUUCACUAGCAAGUGGUGGUUCUCUUCGAAUCAUUAAAUUGCAAACCGGAAUUACCAGAGUCUCUUGCCUCGACUCCCUGGAUCGCACCAAUUUGACUCUCACAAUCUUGGCUCGACAUAUAUUGGCGUCCCAGCUAUAUAGCAUAUUAGAGUCACCAUCAACAGCGUCGUCCAAGGACCCACCAUUGUAUAUACGUGAAGCAAUAACCAUUAGUAUUCGAGAUAUUACAAAUAUGUGGGCAGAUUCAGGAGAUGCUGCUUCAUUGGUAUAUGCAGGAACGAGAGCUUUGCGAGCUGAUGUCACAAGGACGGGCAAACGUCAAAAGAUUAAAGGGUCGCUUGAUGAUGGACUGAAUGCCGUUACUCGAUAUUAUUUAAAUAAUUUCGUUGAUGGCCGUCGUCAAGAUGCUCUGGACUUGUGGACUGGUCGAGCCAACUCAGAAGAUGUAGCUGAAUAUGCCACAACACACGUAUCACAGCAAGUACAAAGAUUGGCACAUCCAUUCUUUAUAAAAUCUGGACCAGGAGCAUGGAUGCCCAACAUCUUGUCUGACUUUUUGGAGCCAUUGCUUCAAGCUAGUCAGGAAUAUUCUCAAACAUUGAACCAACGAGGCAAUGCAUUAUCACUAUCUGCAUGGAGAAAACCCCACUUUGCUCCAGAUGACGAGCUAUCACGAAAACCAUUAUCAUAUCCAGCAUUUAUGGUCACAGUCUUGAAGUUGUAUGCUCCAGCAAGGAUUCAGUCGGCCUUUGACUUUAUGAUCGCAAUAGUGGUUUUCUUGUUAGUGGCCACUAUCAGUCGAGUCUUUGCUAUACCGGGUAUUCUUAUAGCAGACAAGUCGAGAUUCUCGAGGGAAUAUAAGAAAAUACGGGAAUUGGGAGCUACCCCGUCGACGGUCAGUGUUGCCAGUAGCAGUAAAAAGUAG